CUCAAAUUUUCUUUAAUUUUGAGCUAAAAAAACUGACUUUAACAUAUUUCCAUGCAACACGAUAAUGUCUAGAAUUCAUUCCGUCACCGCAUAAAGUUGAAUUAAGGAGAUAUCAAGAACCGGCGAAAAUGUUUUCGCAGUUUCAACCUGCAAUCCACGCGCCGCCGCCAUCUUCACUGCCGGAGCCGCCAUUAAGCACCCAAUAUCGAGCCGGCUUCCCCAAGCUCGGUAGCCGGCUCGCCUUGCAAGAGGCAAGAACGAACAAGCAGCUAUCAGACCAAUCCGUUUCUCAAAUUCAAAAAUCCAUUACUCCGUUUCUCAACGGCGAGGCCAAUUCCUCCGCGUACGCUUCGGUGCUCGAUUCCUGCACAUGCCCGAAGUUCGGGAAUCAGGUGCAAGCCCACUUGAUCAAAAAUGGGUUUCAUGGGCGGGAGUUUGUUCAGACCAAGCUGCUUCAGAUGUACGCCAAAUGCGGAUGCCUCGACGAUGCAGCUCUCGUGUUCGAUAAAAUGCCCGAAAGAAACUUAUACACGUACACCGCGUUUUUGAAUGUGCUUUUGGACAACGGGUUCUUCGCGGAAGCUUUGAACUACUUCGUGCAAUUGCUGUUUGAGGAUGUCGAGUUGGAGUUCUUCAUUUUUCCGGUGGCUUUGAAGGUUUGCGGUGGCUAUGGUGGGAUCGAGCUGGGGAGGCAGUUGCAUGGUGUAGCAAUGAAGAUUGGAGUUUUAUCGCAUAUCUACGUUGGCAAUGCUUUGAUUGAUAUGUAUGGCAAAUGUGGGAGCUUGAAUGAUGCUGGGAAGGUGUUCGAUAAAAUGCCUGAGAGGGAUUGUGUUUCUUGGAAUUCAAUGGUGACAGCUUGUACUGCUAAUGGUCGGGUUUUCAAAGCGUUGGGUUUUUUGGAGGAAAUGUCGAGGGAGGAUAAUUUUAUGCCGAAUUUCGUUUCAUGGAGUGCUUUGACUGGUGGAUUCGCACAGAAUGGGUACGAUGAGGAAGCCAUUGAAACAUUGUACAAAAUGAGAGGUUUGGGAUUAGAACCAAACGCACGGAUAUUAGCUAGUGUUCUUCCUGCUUGUGCUAGAUUAAAGAAACUUAAUGUAGGAAAAGAGCUGUACGGAUAUAUCACAAGACACGGUUUCAUGUCCAGCCCUUAUAUUGUAAACGGACUGAUAGAUCUGUACCGAAGGUGUGGUGUUAUGGAGAGUGCUUUCAAGGUAUUCUCAAAGUUUUCAGUGAGAGACGAGGUUUCUUUCAAUACCAUGAUUAGUGGAUAUUGCGAAAACGGGGAGAUUCGAAAGGCAAAAGAGCUAUUCGACAUGAUGGAACACGAGGGAAAAUCAAGAGACUUGAUUUCGUGGAAUUCAAUGAUUUCUGGGUAUGCUGAUAAUCUCAUGUUCGACGAGGCUUUGAGAUUGCUCGUAGAUUUAAUGAAUAAAGGAGGGAUUACUGAACCUGAUUCUUUUACUUUGGGUAGUGCGCUUAGCACUUGCGCUGAAACACGUUCUUUGAGGCUGGGAAAAGGUAUACAUUCGUACUGCAUAGUCAAAGGCCUCCAAUCGAAUCUAUUUGUGGGCGGAGCAUUGGUUGACAUGUACUGCCAAUGCCUGGAUAUUGAAGCUGCACAAAAAGCUUUAAACCAGGUUCCCAAAAAGGAUCAAGUAAUAUGGAACACUUUUGUUUCCGGUUAUGCAAGUUGUAACAAAAUGGAAAGCAUUCAAAGCAUUCUUCAAACGAUGAAAAACGAUGGAUUUGAACCAGAUGUAUAUACUUGGAACGGGAUAAUUGCAGGAUAUGUGGAGAAGGGCUAUAAUGAGUUGGCUCUGCAGUUAUUUUCCGAUAUGCAGGCUUCGAAUCUGAGGCCUGAUAUCUACACAGUUGGGAUAGUUUUACCUGCAUGCUCAAGGCUGGCAACUGUUGAGCGAGGCAAGCAGGUUCAUGCAUACGCAAUAAGAUGUGGAUUCGAAUCGGAUCUGUACAUUAGAGCUGCUGUAGUAGAUAUGUACGGUAAGUGUGGGCUUAUCAAGUAUGCUAAAACGGUCCACAAUAGGACCGAAAACUAUAAUCUGGUCAUGCAGAAUGCAAUGCUAACUGCGUUAGCCAUGCAUGGAUAUGGUGAGGAUGGAAUAGCUCUGUUUCGGGAAAUGCUAAUUGAUGGAUUUAAACCAGACAAUGUGACUUUCCUAGCAGUACUGUCAUCAUGUGUACAUGCAGGAUCGGUUGAGAGUGGACAAGAAUUCUUUGGUUUGAUGGGGUCUUGUGAUGUAGUACCUACGCUAAAACACUAUACAUGUAUGGUUGACCUAUUGAGUCGUGCGGGAAAGCUGAAACGAGCACACGAGAUGGUUGAGGAAAUGCCUAUGAGACCAGAUGCUGUGAUUUGGGGUGCCCUGCUUGGUGGAUGUAUUACACAUGGGGAUGUUGAACUAGGAGAAUUAACAGCACGGAAGCUUAUAGAGUUGGAACCGGAUAAUUCCAGUAAUUAUGUGAUGCUGGCAAAUUUAUAUGCUUCUACAGGUAAAUGGGUUGAACUUAGAAAAGUCAGACAGCAAAUGAAGGAUGAGGAACUGCAUAAAAGUCCGGGGUGCAGUUGGAUUGAAGAUAAAGAAGAAACUCAUGUCUUUAUGGCAUGGGACAGAUCUCACAAGAGAGCAAAAGAGAUAUACGAUGUAUUGGAUAAUUUAACAGCAGAAAUGAGAUUCGAACAUGUUUAAUUUAAGGUUUGAUCACAAUCCUGUAAUAUUUAUGUACAAAAGACAAGAUACAAUUCAAAUAAAAAAAAAAA